GUUGCCCAGUUCCUGUCCUACCAGGACCACCACGUGAACUACGGCAGCGGCUCGGGGCUGCAGACCCGCGUGGCCUUCGUGCAGAGACCGGGCCAGCGCGACGCCUCCAUCCGCGUGGCCGACCUGCAGGAGAGCGACACCGGCACCUACCAGUGCCGCGUCAAGAAGAACACGGUGGCCGUGCACGAGGUCAUCGUCCCGUCAGAGAAGCCGGCGGCCCCGCAGUGCUGGAGCGAGGGGGAGCUGAGAGGGGGCUCGGUGCUGCUGCGCUGCUUCAGCCGGGGGGGCACCGCGCCCCUCUCCUACCAGUGGGCAAAGCUGGCCGAGGGCUACGGGGGGGGCCUGCCCUCGGGCACCCUGCAAGGCCGUGCUCCGGGUGACCUCCUGAUCCGCAGCGUGACCGUGGCCCACGCUGGCAUCUACCAGUGCCGUGUCACCAACCGCGUGGGCUACUCGGUGUGCCAGGUCACGCUGAACCCCGGGCCCCGCCGUGUCCCCGCGGCAGGCGGGCGCCAGGCUGGCAUCAUCGUGGGCUCCAUCCUGGGCUCCCUGCUGCUCCUCAGCCUCCUGGGGCUGCUCAUCUGGGCUCUGAUCGCCCGCUACCAGCGCAAGGAGUGCCAGCGCGCCUGCAGCGACUGCAGGAGCAGCUCGGGUGGCACCGUGCCCGGGCCCUGCGCCGCCUGCGCGCACCACUCGUACUCGCCGCACGCCAUCAGCUACCUGCAGUGCCAGCACGGCGACGGCGACGAGCGCGCGGCCGCGCUGCUCUGCAACGACGGCAUCCGCCACCAGGUGCCCUGUCCCCAGCUGUGA